AUGUCUAAAGAGGCAGAAGCUUUAAAACUUCAAGGCAAUGAGCAUUUUAAACAAAAGAAGUUUAAUAAUGCUUUAAAGUCUUAUUCUAAAGCCAUCGAAUUUGAAGUAACUCCGGUGAUCUUAGCUAAUCGGUCACAAGCUUACUUGAAAAUGCAAAGGUAGGUUAAAGGAUAGUUUUUAUAUAAAAAUUUUUAAAUUUUUUAGUUUACUCGAUUAUUUAAACUUGAUUUUUAUUUUUAAUCUUUUUUAAGCUACGAGAAGGCGUUAUCCGAUGCCACAGAAGCACUAAAUCUGGAUCCUAAGUAUGGAAAGGCUUUGUAUAGGCGAGCGUGGGCUGCUGAAAAGCUUAAAUUGUAUGGUUGGGCUAAAGAAGACGUGAAUCGGUUACUUGACAUUGAUCCUAUGAAUAGAGAUGUAGUUCAAAUGUGGGAACGAAUUGGAAACCAAGUACGAAUUAUUGUUGUUGUUCUUGUUUUAGAUACAUAUUUAUGUAAAAAGAAACGUAAAAGUGUAUCAAUAAUGGAUGGCUAUAUUUACUUAUAGCCAGUUUUCACUGCCAAAAAAUAUUAAAUUCCCUUUAGUAUGCUUUGAAGUGGCCAACUUUAAAUUAAAGUAAUUAGGUCAUAUUUGAAUUUGCAUAAAUAUAAUAUUGUUUAGGUAAACGAACCUCAACUACAAAUAAAGACUUUCACAAAAUCUGAAGCAGUGCAAUCUAAGACAACAUUGAAAGAAGUACAGAUAAAGUUGUUCAACGGCAAGGACGUAAACUUGGAUAAAAUCAAUUUGAAUAUGGCUGCAAUUAACGUUGACGAAAAUAAGGAAACUGAAAGUGUUAAAAUUGAUGCUGAUGAUCACGACAAAGACUGUGAACUUUUACCAGAACCUCCUCAAACGCCUUCUGACUUUUAUUCCGUUUUCGUGGAUAUGAAGCAUGAUUGUAAAACUUUUGCUAAGUAUUUCUUGGUACGUUUUGGUUAUUUUCUCAAAUUGAUUUUUUAGUUAGUUUGGAAAGCAUGUUGACUAAAAGAAUUGUUUAUACUGUGAUUACAUUAAAGUAAUGGUUUUAGACAAUUGACUUAUUUAAAUAUGAAGCUAUUUUUGGUGGUGUGUUAGAUUUUGAAACGUUAAUUUUGUUAUGCCGAGGAUUACGUGAAGCAGCACUGGUUGGGGAUUAUGUUUUGGAAAGAUUGAUGGCGCUGACAAAGGUUUCAAGAUUUGAUUUGUGUAUUUUGAUGGCUGCUGAUGAUAUUCGAACUGGUAAGUGUUUAUAGUUUAAUAAUUUUGUAUACGCAAAUGGUAGUAAGAAGAAAUUUUACUUGUAAGAAGGUAUAGUUUGGCGGUAAGCUUUGUUAUGUAUAACAUUCUUGUUUUUUUUAUCAACGUAAUGAUAUUUAUACGUUUAAAAACUUUUACAACGUUUUCCGUCUAUCUGUAUUUUAGAUUUGGAAAAUCACCUUAGCAGUUAUCCAGCUAGUUCUGCAGAUGUUGUACAGCAAGUUAAACGCGCUUUCUUAUGUUGUUGA